AUGGUCCGCGCGUCUGCAUUUUUGAUCUUGAGCCUUUUCGGCUCAGCUCUCGCUGUCGCCGCGCCGCAGUUCGACCAAGGUGCCGAGCUACGCAAGUCAGAAUGUGAUGCAAGUAGCUCCCAUCACAUCUAUGAGUUCCUGCCUAACACAUGCCGCAGAAUGGCUGCUUUGAUGCCAGCUUUCCGGGAGGUUCAUGUACCAAUGAUCCGGCCUAAGAAGUACCGCGAGGCGUAUUUCUGCUGCAUGGCCAAGAAAUGUGAUGCAGAUGUGAUGCCUGGUCAGUAUACUCAAGCUUUAGAAGACCGAAACCCUCUAAUGAUCUACUUGCAGAAUCUGUCGAGCGCCAACAUACAGAGUGCCAAGCCAGGAACCUCGACUUUACCUUUGACGCUGAGAAAGUUUGCGGUAUGA